GUAAAAGGUUCGGUCCUUCCAUUUGUCACUUCCGCAUUUGUCUUAUUACGAUAGAAACAGGAGAAAAUGACAUUUCAUAAGCGAUAUUUGCUUCACUAAACUCUAUAUAUUUGUUAUGUAGAGCAAAGAAAUUGUACCAAUGUUUAAAAUUUGUGUAACACUGAUAUAAAUUACACUUGAAUAUAUAUACAGAGAAAUAAUUUGAUUUGCUUCUGAACAGUGAAUCGAUGACGAUGAGUGAUGUUUUUGAGUGUUCCAGCAUUCAUUGUUUUGAUUUUGUAACGAUUUCGUGUUAAAACUGAUAUAUAAUUAUUAAUAUAUACGAUAUCAACAAUGGUUGAAUGCUGCACAAAGAAGCGAAUGAUUGCUGCUGUUAUAACUUUAAUAAGUUUGUCUGUUUUGACCUUGGUCUUGGAAAACAAGUGGUCCUUUGAGCACAAAGUCAAAGAGGCUCAGAUGUCUUCAGAUGUAAAUGCUAAUGAAAGCUGUUCAUCUGACAAGUUUACAGAGUUGGAUAGCUGUAAGAAAUGCUCAAGAAAGGAACUGAGAAAAUUACUUCCAUUUUGUAUGGAAACUGGGUACAAACAGCUGGUUGAAUGUGAUAACGGAAAGAAGUUAUUUAGACAGUGUAUGAUUACCGCAGAUAUUGAAGCCAGAUCCUUCUGGAUAUUUGAAGCAGUCAACAUCAUUCUUGCAGUAUCGUCGUAUACUUUUGUGCAUUUCCGUAGAAGAAAACUAGACAAAUUAAUGAUGGACAAAAUAAACAGGCAGAUAGGUGAUGGAGUGUAAUUAAUUUGAAAAAUAAAUUAUUUUUGUUUACA